AGCAAUAUUGAUGUGUUCUUUUGUCGUAUAAUGGUUGCAUCAUCUUCUUCCUUCUUCAUUGUACAGCACCAAGGUUGACUCUGGCAUUUUUGGCUACCGACGUGUUCUUUCUUGCCCUUCAUAUUAUUUUGUAUGUAGUCCUAUCAGCUGCUUUUUGUUUUUGCUUGCCCUGCAUUAUUGCCUUCAUGUACUACUUCAAUCGCCAGGAACGUGCAUCGGAUGGUGAAAAUCAGGAGCCUACCAAAAUACAGUUAUAUAGUGUCCAAUGCUGACGUGGAACAGCCUGAUGUUAGAGCAUGUAGAAUGAUCCCUAUGUGGACACAUGGUCAAUACUUCUCCACAGAGCGUAUUUUUCUAAUUGAGAUGCGAUAUAUAUUUUAUCUCACUAUUACUUACUAUUAUAAAGCUGAUACUACCUAAGAUUUAGCUAUUUACUUAUCACGUUAUGUGUGUUAAUUCUGAAGAGAUUGCGAUUUCGGCCCAUUUACUUAUGAAUGGGUCAAAAUGGAUGUGCUUUAUCUUAAAUGGGUCAAAUAGAAAAGGUAAAAUGGGAAUGGUUCAUACGGGUCAAAUGGUAAUAAUAAUGUGUGGUUUGAAUUUGGAGAAUCUGGGCAAGAAUCAUGGUUUACUUUACAUAAAUAGCUGGAAUCCUUGGUUUUUCAAGACUUUUCACAUGUUAGAAAAGGACGACUUUCCGUUGCCCAAGGUGCUUGCCGGAGCUCUGAAAGCUCCAAAGAACGACAUUCAUGUGAAGACUUUGUUGACGAUAUGCGAGGGACGUGAAGGUACGGAGUUAUCGGAUGGAGAUGUGUUGCUUUUUCCUGAAAUGAUUAAGUACAGCUUGAAUCUGUUAUGAUAUUCAUGUGGCAAACCAGCUGCACGAGGCUCCCACGGGUCCCGGAGGCCAACUUGGACCUGAUGACGCAUCCUACCGUGCAUUUCUGCAAGAGGCUGAUUAUUAUCUCACACAUGAUGUUCAUGUGUAAGAUGAUAAUCACCGAUUUUCAUUUGCAAAUUGCUGUUAGUUGUGUUUUUAAACCAUACUUGAUCCUGUUAUAAUUCGGGUGUUCAUGAUAUGGUGAUAUGUCUAGGUCUAUAAUUGGUAUGCAAUAAUCCAAAAGUUGUGUUGCUAUGUCUCAAUCAGAUAAGUGGAUAUGGUUGUGCACUAUGUGGGCAUUGGAUCUAAUAAUUCCAAAAUAAGGAUCAUGGUAAAUUGGUAAUCCUAAAAGAGUAUGCCAAAUUUUAACAAUAUAUUUUGUCUCUUGAAACUUGCAACACAUGACUUCCUAUAUAAUUUAAAGGAAGUGUUUGACUAUUUUGUAGUUUGAAAAAAACAAUAUUGACUUAUUUCCUAAUAUACAGAAGUACUUUUUGGUGAACCCAUUCAAUUAUUAGUCAUGGUUUCCAUGGACAAAACAGAAAGAAGUUUAUGUGACAUCCUAAAAGGAAACUUAUUAUAUUUAUGGGACAGAGUAUGUUAAAGAAACAUGAAAGACACUUAUGGGGCAUCCAAAAGAAGUUUGGCCCACCACUAUGGAGGCAUAAGUGCUAUUUUAAAUCUAGAUUUGAUGUGUUUAUUUUAAAAUUCUGUGUUAAUUGAUCUUAGAAAUACAAGUUGGAUAUGGACUAAG